AUGUCUAAAGCUGAAGAUGAAAACAAUAAUGUUAAUUGUGAUUAUAAUAGUUGGUAUUUGCGAUUAUCUGAAGUGAAAAGACAGAAUUACAUCAACUUAUUCAAAUCUAUUAAGAAAUCAGAUUGGAUGACAUCCUACUUAUUUGAAGAUGAUAAAUAUGAAUUCAUUUAUGGAGAAGCAGCAGAUUCCCCUUAUUCACAAUUAAUCAUGAGAACUGAAGAAAAUAGAAGAAAAUUGAUUAAGUUUCUACGUCAUUUCAAAAAUUGUUUAAGAAAAAGAUACAAAUAA